CCGAGCACCCGCCCCCACUUCCGGCCUCCUCGGGCCUUUUCCGCCUCCUCGGUGCCGGUCUCGUCCCCGCUUCCCGGCCUUCGGCGGCCCCGGCCCGCUCGCGCAGCGUCCGUGCCCCGUCCCCGGUGGCUGUCCGGUCGGCCCGAACCUCCCGGGUCCCCGCAGCGAGCAGCGCGGACCGCACGACUCUCGGCGGGAUGGCGCGACCCGGCCCGGCCGGGCGCUGGGCGGCCGCCGCGGGCCGCUGGGGCUACAGGCUGCUGGCGCUGCUGCUGCUCGUCCCGGGGCCCGGCGCCGCCUCCGAGAUCACCUUCGAGCUGCCCGACAACGCCAAGCAGUGCUUCUACGAGGACAUCCCGCAGGGCACCAAGUGCACCCUCGAGUUCCAGGUGAUUACUGGUGGUCACUAUGAUGUAGACUGUCGCUUAGAAGAUCCUGAUGGUAAUGUGUUGUACAAGGAGAUGAAGAAACAGUAUGACAGCUUUACCUUCACAGCCUCCAGGAAUGGGACAUACAAAUUUUGUUUCAGCAAUGAAUUCUCUACUUUUACACACAAAACUGUGUACUUUGAUUUUCAAGUUGGAGAAGACCCGCCUUUGUUUCCUAGUGAGAACCGUGUCAGCGCUCUCACCCAGAUGGAGUCUGCCUGUGUUUCGAUUCAUGAAGCUCUGAAGUCUGUCAUCGAUUAUCAGACUCAUUUCCGUUUGAGGGAAGCUCAAGGCCGAAGCCGGGCAGAGGAUCUAAACACCAGAGUGGCCUAUUGGUCAGUGGGAGAAGCCCUCAUUCUUCUGGUCGUUAGCAUAGGGCAGGUGUUUCUUCUGAAAAGCUUUUUCUCAGAUAAAAGAACCACCACAACUCGGGUUGGAUCAUAACUCCGUCUUGAGAAUUGAUGCACCGUUGCCACUGUAGAAUUGCUGUCCUCUAAUUUUAGGUACUGAAGAACUUAAUAUUGGCAACAUUUUUAAAACCUUAUUCAUACACUUCUUGGGGGGAUGUACCGUGCCUAUCCUCAAACUGGAAAGGACACCUUUUUUUUUAUUGGUAAAGGUAGAAAAACCUUGAAACUUAUUUUGGGCUAUUCAUGUUAAAUAUUCAGCACCAAUGAUCUCCUCUUUUCUUGGUUGUUUAUAUUGUACUCUUCACACACUAAACUAUGGUAUUUUGAUUCCUUUAGUCAUUUUAAAGUACUUUUCUUAUAGGUAGCGGAUAUUUUAGAUGCUUCUGAUUUAAUGCCUACCUGUGUUGUGGAGGAAGAAAAUUGCCUUUUAUUUGUUUAUAGUAAAUAAAGUCUUGUUUUUAAGAAAAACCAAAUGUGAUUAACUAUGGCCCAAGCCCUAUCCUGCACUGUUUUGUUUUAGGGUGUGGAAACCUACCAUGGAAAUGUUAGUCAUUAUUGGUAUAAUUUUAAGUUGAUGCAUUGUGGUUUAAUUUAUUUCAUACUAGCUUGGAAAUGUUAGGUUUUUGUUUGGGAGGGUUUAUUCUAUAAUUUAUAGUUAAUCGUUUGUUUUCUCAUAAGCUCAUUCUUACCACACAGAAAAUUGUCUCAAUAGUAAUAGUUUAUUACAGGCCUUAAAAAUCAGACUGUUAUAGCAGGUAGAAUAAUUAGGAAAUAAGGAGGUACAGUUGGGGGCAGAUUAAUUGGAAAAAUUGUUAGUGAAUUUGUGUAAGUAGCAUUUUUAGCUUUUAUAAAGAAAAAAAUGAUUUAUUUUAAAAUCUAAUUGAUUUUUGCAUUUAGUGGCUUUAAUAUCUUGAGUCAUUCCCAGCUGAAACUAGCAGUGUGAUAGUAGGAUUGUAAAAGUGCCAUGCUUGAUCAGUGUGAUGCUUGAUCAGAAAUUAGCUUUUUUGGUUUGGUUUGGGUUGUUGUUUGUUGUUGUUUUAUCUGUAAUUUGUAGUCUCUGGUUAGCAAGCCUAAGAUGAUUUAAAAGUUGAAAAUACUGUGUGGAUAUGUUUCUUUUCAUUUAAUAAUUUUCAUUGUACUACAUUUAAUGAGUACAUAUAGGGCAUAUUCUGUACACUAUCACGUAUAGGCUGUGUUUGUAUUUUGUAAUUUGUAUAGAUUGAACUGAUUGAAAUAAGCAUUUUCCCCCACUAGUAUUCUAGGAUAGCACACAAGAUGAUGCAAAAUUGUAUAAGCAUUUAAAACUCUUGCUGUUUCUGAAAAAUUGCAAUUGCUUUUGCCAUGCCUCUUUCCACUUCAACCCCAAAGUGAAGGGUGCUGGAAGACUCGUAUGUUGAGACUAUGAUAUGAGGUACCAUACAGUACGAAUGGAUAACGAUUCUAAUCACUUAACCACUAUUGAUUCUCAAUUCUAAGUUGUCUUGAAAUGCAUAUCUAUAUAUAUAUAGGCAUAUAUAUAUAUAUAAUUCUGCAUGCAAGGGCAAAAUUAAUUAAAAUUGUAACAUUUUGGCUGCAUCUGCUACAUUGUAGCAAGGGAUAAAAAAAUGUUUUCAACCCUUUAAAGACUCUAGCUGUACCUUUACAUUUACCAGUGGGUUAAAAUGUGACUUAAAUUUAAAAGUUUGCAGAUUCGUCUAUUUGAUUUCAUCUAGUAAGAGUGUCCUGCAACUUUAUAAGUAUCCCUGUACGUUUAGAUUUGAAACAUUUUUAAGCACUGAUGUUAAUGUGAUUGAUAAGCAUGGACUUAUGUAAAAUGUUCUUUCCUGGUUGCUGUCUGCUGUAUGUGUUCAGAUACUAUUAUUAUGUCAUCAUUAAAGCAGAGGCAGGCAUUGUUAUUGUGCUGAGUUUAGCAUAGAUAAUACAGUUAUUUAAUCUCGGCCCAUCAGAAGUUCUGGUACUAGUUCAUUACCAUGAAUAACUUGAUGAAGUUGUUGACAUAUUAAACUUUUAAAAAAUCAACACUGUUACUGGGUAUGGAAAGUAGUUUGGACUUUGUUCAGUCUAAGUUAAUUGAUUAAAGUUUGAUGGACUUAACUAUGUAUUUAUAAAUUAGAAAAUAUAUAUUUAUCCACACAUAAAUUCCAGUAAAACUUUUUUUCUUCUUCCUCCUAUAUAAUUUGUCGCUCAGCUUUUUUCCUUUAAAAAGUUUUUUUUUUUACAACUUCUAGCAAAGUUUAAAUUACCCAAAUAUUUAUGUUUGGACCAAUGGCUCAGAGUACUUAUUUAAACAUUAUUAGUUGUAUAUAUAUUUAACUAGAACAGUGGAAAGGGACUUGAUAUAAAUUUUAUAGUAAAAUUUUAACCAUGUAAAGAUAUAUUUUAGGACAUACUUUGCUAAUAUGUUAAGCAUUUUUUUUCCAGUUAAACAAUCAUUUGUAGUUAACAGUUUUCAUCCUGGCUUGAUAACUUUAAAUACAUAGUACUGAAAAGCAGUUUUAUUCUUCGAGAGAUUUUAAUUAACUCUCUAUACUAUUCAUUUUUGCUUCGUGUAACAUUUAUAGUUUAAGAGAACAAAAUAGAUCCUAUAGCUAUUGCUUUUUUAAAGUAAUAUAUAGAGAAUUCAAAAGAUUUUUCAUUUAUUUUUUAAAAAGAAAUUUCUCUAAGCAGAUGUCAGUUCUGCAGGAUUGCACAGGCAAUUUUCGUAGAAUAAAAUAUCGCUAAGCAGACUCACUUUGUUUUCUGUUAGGAUUUAAAUCUUUCAGAGGUUUUUAGGGAACUUAUAAACAUGGAGCUCACAGUCAAGUCUUGUAACAAGAGCGAUUAUUUGACAUUUUACUGGAAUGUCAUAAGCACUGGCCAAGAAAGAAAGUUCAACAUAACCACCUCUAACUUGCUAACUUACCUCACUUCUACCUAACUUUUUGCAUUUCUCAUUAAAAGUUACGGGGAGGGGCUUGAGCGAUUAUACCAGGUAGUAAGGUAGUAAGUACCUUACAUGCAGCCGUAGGGCUUCCACUGGUUUGGAUCACUGCAUAUGGUCCCUGGGCACCACCAGGGCUGACUUCUAAGCACGAAGCAAGGAAUAGCCCAAAAGCACCACCACCAGGUGUGGCCCAAACCCCCCAGCACCUCCCCCCAAAAAAUUGGGUGAGAAAGAAGCCACCAGUUCCUGAGAAAGCUCUUUUUAAAGUAAUUUGACCUUAAGUUGUAUAAUACCAAGUUUCCGCAGUGUUAAGUGCCAUGGUAAUACGUAUUUUGUUUGUAUUGGCUAUCUUCGAAAUAUUAUUUCAGUUUUACAGAUGAGAAAGUGAAGGCACAGGAACUGGACCAUAACACAGUAAUUAGUAGUUCUUGAACAUGAGCCAGGACAGCAACUCUGAGCCCUUUCUUCACACUAUGCAGGAUUGCCUUACAAGCACCAAGGAUGCAUCUCCAAAGGCUUACAGGUUCAUUGCUUUGGCUUUGGAGUCAUGACCAAGUUCAGAUUAGUUAUGGGACCUCACAAGUGAUUGGGUCUCUAUAUUUAUUUCCUCCUAUUUCUAUAGUGAGGGAAUAGUGAUACCCAUGAAACACUACAAUCAGUGUCUAUCACAUGAAAGCACUUAAUAUAAACAGUAGCCAUAUUUUAUCAUUAUUCAAUUCUAGUUUCUUGAUUCUUCUAAAGUUCUUAUUAUGGUCUCUGUUCAUAUGGGUUCUUAAGUGUGGACACAAAUAUAAAAUUGUUUGAAUGGUUAUCAUACAUAAUCUGCUAAUGGGAAUAAAAAGGAAAUAAGAUAGUCUAAGCUGUAGGAAUGACUCUAAGCUACAGGUUAGCUAGAGAGCAGCCAAGUCACAUCACGUUUAGAAGCAAAUGGAUUCAAAAGGUUUAAGAUACUUAAUGAUAUUACAGGAGGAAACAGACAUAUGGGCUACAGACUUUCCCUGGGAAAUUUAGUUUUGCCUCCCCACUGUUGCCUAAAAUACCAGCAUUUGAGUGGAUGAAUCUCUUAUCCUGGGAUAUUGAUAAACCCUAUUGCUACGGAUCAAAAAACAUGUUAACUUUGUUGAUAAUAAAGAUGAUAUUUGAUGUCCUGCCUAA